GGCGGGUCGGCCGGCGUCAGUUGGCGCGCGAUCGCUGUUGUGGACGAUCGUGUGUUUCGUUUUGAGGUUAUAAAACUUGUCCCGCGUAAAUCACGCCCUAUUUUCGAAAAAGUGGUGUUACAACUUUUUAGUGUCGUUGAUAACUGUGUGCUGCUCAGUGGACGUGAUAAUUUGUCGAUUUCAAUUCAUCAGCCGGCUCUAGGAAGCCGGAUUCAAAGGACAAAAGAUGUGUUAAAUGGAUUACAAUAAUCUAGGCGCAGCCAUGUUAAUUAAUAAAGUAUUGGAGUUUUUAUGAAAAAGUUUUACUAAGAACACAAUGGAAUCACCAGUAAGAAUAUGCAUUGGUGCAGCAAUAAUCGUAAAUCUACUUUUAAUAUGCACAUCAGUGAAUGGCGGUCCUCUCUCUCAGGAGCCGAGUUCAACGACCCUUAAAGAUGAAAAAACAACAAAAUACAGUCGAGUAAACAGCACGUGGACGACGAAGAAUAAACCCAAAACACCAGACGUAGCACUAAACGAGUUACAUCCUAAAGAAUCUACAUCUGAAGAACAUACAGAAAAGAAUGCAAAAUAUAAAGAUAGAGGAAGGGUUAAAUUCCAAACACAUUUAAAAUCUACUUCAGAAAGUCCGUUACGAAGAAUAAAAUCGACAGAACCAACAAAAUAUUUCUCAUCAACAGAAAUAAUGAAACCAGAAAUUGAUAAUGAUAUGGUCAAAUAUAGAAUUAACAAUUCACCAGACGUGUCAAGUUCUACUGCUUCUAAUAUAAAUUCAGAGGAGAUGACAGAGAGCGAUGAUGUGCAAAUUAACGAUUCCCAAUUAGCUGAUGCUGAUGAAGAUAACAUGUUUGAUAGGUACACUUCUAGCAAAUUCCAUGACAGCUUCAAUCUACCAGGUUACAACGACGAAGAUAAUUACAAAGACAAAAUGUAUAGUGAAACAAAACAUGACUUCAGUAACUUUGAUAAAAUAUUAAAACAUUUUUCAAAAGACAUGUUCGAUUCUAAUGAAAACGAUAACACUCACGGAGACCCAUACAAUUCGCACAGUUAUUUCGACUUCGAAGCUGAUCUUACUACACCUAAAAAUGAUUAUUUCGAUCAAAAGUAUGCGGACAUAUCGUCUAGUAUUAUGAAUAAUCUAGCUUCUGUAAAAACUAAGGCUCCAGAAAUGAAUAAUACGAGUCCUCAAGAUAUUAUAAGAGAGAAUAUAGGGUUUGAGAAAUUAAGUAACGGAUCGCCGAACAAUAAAUCAAUGAUGAUAAUCAAAAAUACCAAAGAAAUUCGUCGCUUAGACAAUGAACAGGCCGGGACAGCUAACAGAGAGCUUUCCGACAUUCAUGGUACAAGUAUUUAUUACGAAAUGUCUGUAUUAUCAACAGAAACUUACAAUAUAAACCAUUCUGAUGAUUAUGAUUGUGAUAACGAUACGUUGCCUGUAGAAACCACUAUGAGUACUUCCUUGCAAGAAGAAGACGAGUCGUUGGCAGCAGCACAGCCUGCUAUGGUAACAGCAUCCUCUAUGCCUGUCACAGUAACGUCAAUGCCAGCAAUAGUAUUACCAAACUUCAUUCCGAACUCAUUGAAUACUAUAAUACCAAUACAAGAUUCCAACAUUCCAAUUUCAUCUCAAAACUACGUCAGUAAUACCGAAAGACCAGUCAAAGUCAGUCCAAGACAUCGUAACUAUUCGAAACGCCUUAAUUUAACAGGAAACAAAGUAUCUCCCAAUAGUGUGACACCACAAACAAUUCCGACUAUGAAUUCAGGAUGGAGGCCAGUGACUCGUAAAUUUUACUAUACAACACCAAAAAUUAAACCCAUUUGGAUGGCACCGCGACGAAACAUUAGCAAAGUUUAUAAACCGUCUUAUCCAACCACAAUAUAUGCAGAGCAUUUUAAUAUUAAAGACAAAUAUUCUACCUCACCACGUCCAAUGCCACUGCAGAAAACAAUCUUGACGACUUUACCUUCUGAUAUAGACCCGGUAUUACAAAGCGAUGUUAGUGGUGUUGAGAAAUUUGUACAUUCUCAAAUAAUAACUGACAACACAAUACCUACAUUGUCGAAAAGAGGUUCUAUGAAGUUUACAACGUCUGUACCAUUUACUGCAAAUAACACUGCAAGUGAAGAUCCAAACAAUAUUAGUGAAACCACUAAAGACGGCGCAAGUAGCCCUAUAAGCUUAACAGAUUCUUCAAAAGAAAUUGGUGCUAUAGACGAAAGUAGUACAGCUAGUAUUAGUUCUCCAAGUCAAACUCAACCUAUCAAUAAAAUUACUACAGAUGCAAAUGCAUUCAACAAAAUUAGUUCUGAAAAAUCCGUAACUCAAAGUUUAAGUGGUUCUCUUGAUCAAACAAGCACAAUAGAUGAGACUGAAGAAACAGAUUCUAUCGAUUCUCUGAGUGGAACCACAACUUUAGAAAGUGAUAGUACAGAAGAAAAAGAAGAGAUAAGCCAGAUCAGAACGAUAGUGAAUACUAGUACAACAUCAACUGAAUCGUUAGAUCAAACUGAACCUAUUAAGCAUGGUAGUACUAAAGAUAGCGGUGAAAACCCAUCGAGUAACACUGAUGUUGGAGAAGGAAGUUCUGUAAGUCUAACCGAGUCUGUAGGAACUACGUCCAUAGAAGAUACUGAUAAUACAAGUCAAACUAGUUCUGAAGGGGUAACUUCAGUAGGGGGGAUGAGUAUAAAUGACCUGGAAAUACCGCCGACGAUGACAGCAUGGGCGCUGGCGAGUUUAAGAACUCCACCAACAAUGUCGAUCAAAGUACUGAAUGGAAGUCAAUCGACUCAAAAAACUAUAGAUGAAAAUGAAUUGCAAAAAGUCAAUGAACUUCUAGACCAGAAAGAAACAACCACAUUCUCGACAACAACAUCUACAACACCUAUUGUCGCUCUUAUUAAUGAUGUUUCGAAGAAUAUUACUGAAAUCGACCAGAAUAAACUACCUUGGAAACCCAUAGUAAAUAUUAACAUAAACGAUGAUAAGGAACCAGUAACAAAAUCCGAACGAUUACCAGCAGAAAGCAAUAUAUCUGUACAAAGUAGUUUGAAGCCAGAAAAUACUACGGAACUUACUCCAACAGAAAUGCAGACAAUCACAAUGACGACCGAAACGAUAAAAAAUAAUGAAGUAAGACCUUCUUGGAUCCCUGCAAUGGUAAAUGAAACGACAGAAACGGACGAAAACGAGGACGAAAUUCAACCAGUUGAUGUGAAAAAGUCAACUGGUUUCGAAUCGAUAACGAAACUUCCUUCGGGCGUCACCACGCCCACCGACGAAAACAACGACACAGCAACUGAACAGUCUGAAGUACAGACUACUGAUUAUGAAAUAACGACAAUUAGAUUUUCAUACGUACCUACCGAACAGACAGAGACUGAAGUACCAAUUAUAAACAAAACCUGGCAUAAAAUGAUACCCACAAGAACGAACAAACCGACAACUCCUAUAACUACGUACAGACCAACGUUUUCAACUACAACCGAAGUAACCGAGGAAACCACAACGAUUGAAGAUACGAUGCCACAAUUAGAACUGUCAUCUAAGAUUAAUGAUAUCGUAACGAUUCAAUCAGAUGAAGGUACUGAACAAACAACAACUGAAGAAAUCACAACCAAUAAUCCAACAACAACUUAUCCAACGACAACAACUAAUCCAACUACAACCAUUAAUCCUACAACUAAUCCAACGACUGACUCAACAACAGAAUGCGAAGAGACGACAUUAACAACAGCAGCGUCAAUCAUACGAGUAAAGGAACCUGAAGAAAUGCCCCAGAUUGCAACAACAACAGAACCUCCGACACAAACGAAGAACGAAAGUUGUUCUGAAGAAAACAGCGACAGCAACGAGGUGAUACAAGACACAACUAAAUCUCCAACCACAACUGUUAUAACCACAACAACAAUAACAACAACAACAGAAAGAGAACCUGAAACAACUGUUGUACCAUCGACAACUGAGCAAACUACACCCGGGUACUCAGAAACAACAGUCAAACCUAAUGAAAAUAUUCCAUUCGAUCAUAAGGAGGAUACGACUACGGACAUUCCAGAAAUGACUACAAAAUCUAUAAAUGAAUUGGAAGAUUUGACGAGUUACACUGAUGAUAUGACAACGGAAGCGUCUUCGAGAGUGUACACAAAUGAAGAGACGAGUUCUGGCGCCACAAUUGCAAUAGUUGUCACCACCAUCGGUGUCAUCGCGUUGAUCCUGCUCGUCGGUCUAUUGCUGGUAGUCCGUCGUCGUGGUAGACGUGGUGUGUACGCGCAGCGCUGCACCCCAGUCUCUUUAGACGCAUACAGUCUCGACAGUGUGAGUGUCGGACACAGGAAGGGUAACCACCGGCUGUGCAGCAAGCGGAGCUAUGGUAACCCUGCAUACGAUGAUGAGGUAAGGAAAGUCUUGGUGUUCAUGGAGGUGUUGAAGUCACAAACAAAUGAAUAACCGUGAUUGAAAGGACUUUUUCUU